AGCAGUGUGGCACAUGUAAGGUUUGGUGAGAGGCCUGUGAAGCAAAACUCAGAACAAUCUCUCCUACUAUUCCUCAUGCAUUUCACGAGAAUUUUGAAUUUCAGUUUCUUCAGAACUCACUGAACUUGAAGAUACACAGGUACAGUUCCCGAUCUUUUUCUGUGACUGAUCUCGGCAUACAUAGAGGUCAGGACUCUGAAAGAUUCCUAAGAGUUAAAAAGAUUAUAAGAGAACAUAAGAUUUUUAUUUGCAACAUACUGUUUCUUCUGAAGAGAACCGGUUGGAAUCAAAGAGCAGAAUGAAUCAUUGCUCCUUGCUGCCUUUUAUGUUGGGAAUUCCUCUCCUAUGGCCUUGCCUUACAGCAAUAGAAAACUCUACAACAGAGGAAGUUAAGCACUCGGCAGGACCUCAUCUGAGAGUGAAGCGUGGCUGGAUGUGGAACCAGUUUUUUGUACCAGAGGAAAUGAAUAAGACUAGACAUCACAUUGGCCAGCUAAGAUCUGAUUUAGACAAUGGGAACAACUCUUUCCAGUACAAGCUUUUGGGAGCUGGAGCUGGAACUAUUUUUGUCAUUGAUGAAAGAACAGGUGACUUAUAUGCUGAGCGGAAGCUUGAUAGAGAGGAACGGUCCCUCUACACUCUCAGAGCCCAGGUAAUAGACACCACUACUGGAAAGGCUGUGGAACCUGAGUCUGAGUUUGUCAUCAGAGUUUCGGAUAUCAAUGACAAUGAACCCAAAUUCCUAGAUGAACCUUAUGAGGCCAUUGUACCAGAGAUGUCUCCAGAAGGAACACUAGUCAUCCAGGUGACUGCAAGUGAUGCUGAUGACCCCUCAAGUGGCAAUAAUGCUCGUCUCCUGUACAGUUUACUACAAGGCCAACCAUACUUCUCCAUUGAACCAACAACAGGAGUUAUAAGAAUAUCUUCUAAAAUGGACAGAGAACUGCAAGAUGAGUAUUGGGUAAUUAUUCAAGCCAAAGACAUGAUUGGUUUGCCUGGAGCACUGUCUGGAACAACAAGUGUAUUAAUUAAACUUUCUGAUGUUAAUGACAAUAAACCUAUAUUUAAAGACAGUUUAUACCGCUUGACUGUCUCUGAAUCUGCACCCAUUGGGACAUCUAUAGGAAAAAUCAUGGCCUAUGAUAAUGACAUAGGAGAGAAUGCCGAAAUGGAUUACAGCAUUGAAGAUGAUUCAGAAACAUUUGACGUCAUUACUAAUAAUGAGACCCAAGAAGGAAUAAUUAUAUUAAAAAAGAAAGUGGAUUUUGAGCACCAGAACUACUAUCGUGUUAGAGCAAAAGUUAAAAACCGCCAUGUUGCUGAGCACCUCAGGGAAUACCACACUGAGCCUUACACCACUUUGAUCAAGGUCCAGGUGGAAGAUGAUGAUGAACCCCCUGUUUUCCUAUUCUCAUAUUACAUAUUUGAAAUCCUUGAAGGAAGCCCACUCGGAUCAUCUGUGGGCACCGUCUCUGCCACAGAUCCAGAUCAGAGGCAAUCUCCCAUCGGGUAUUCUAUUACCAGAAGCAAAGUGUUCAGUAUUGAUAACAAUGGCACAAUCACCACAACGAACAAUCUUGAUCGAGAGAUUAGUGCCUGGUAUAACCUAACUGUUACAGCUGUAGAGAAAGCCAAUGCAGAACAGAUGUCUUCAGUCCCCGUGUAUGUGCAAGUUCUGAACAUCAACGAUCAUGCUCCUGAGCUCUCUGAAUACUAUGAGCCUUAUGUUUGUGAAAAUGCAGGCUCUGGUCAGGUGAUUCAGACCAUCAGUGCAGUGGAUAGAGAUGAAUCCAUAGAAGAUCACCAUUUUCGCUUUAAUCUGUCUGUGGAAGAAAAGAACUCAAGUUUUACAAUCAUAGAUAAUGAAGAUAACACAGCUGUAAUUUUGACUAAUAGAAACGGCUUUAGCCUUCAAGAAGAGCCUGUCUUCUACGUCUCCAUCCUGAUUGCUGACAAUGGAAUCCCGUCACUGACAAGUACAAACACCCUUACCAUCCACGUCUGCGACUGUGACAGCAGUGGCGGCACGCAGACCUGCAGUGACAGGGACCCUAUGCUUUCCAUGGGCUUCAGGACAGAAGUCGUCGUUGCUGUUCUGAUAUGUAUUAUGGUAAUAUUUGGGUUUAUUUUUUUGAUCCUAGGGCUGAAGCAACGACGGAAGCAGACCCUGUUCCCUGAGAAGAGCGAGGACUUGAGGGAGAACAUAUUCCGGUACGACGACGAAGGCGGGGGGGAGGAGGACACGGAGGCCUUCGACGUGGCGGAGCUGAGGGGCCGCGCCGUCAGGCGGGAGCGCAAGGCCCGGCGCAGCGGCGGCGCCGAGGCUCGGAGCCUGCGCGGGCGGUCUUGGCAGGUCGGCCCCGACAGCGCCGUGUUCAGGAGGUUCAUCCUCGAAAAGCUGGAGGAAGCCGACACCGAUCCCUGUGCCCCGCCCUUCGACUCCCUCCAGACCUACGCCUUCGAGGGAACAGGGUCCUUAGCUGGGUCCCUGAGCUCCUUAGAAUCAGCGGCCUCUGAUCAGGAGGAAAAUUACGAUUUCCUUAAUGAACUGGGACCUCGCUUUAAAAGAUUAGCGUGCAUGUUUGGUUCUGCUGUGCAGUCAAAUAAUUAGGGGGGGUUUUAUUGAUUUUUUUUUUUAAUGCUACUGUGCGUUUGGGCAAACUGGUAGUCUCUUGGUAAAGAGCUGUGUACUCCAGUUCUUUGGGAAAAGAAAAAG